AUGAAGAACAGUCAACCAGAUGCUGAACUAGCAGACGCAUCAUUAUUCUUGGAAGGUACCCAAACCUCUACGUCUAUUGCUGCGAAAGAAAGCCCAGAAAGUACAAGUCUGCAUGCGUCGUCACAUCUGAAAGAGCCUGUUCUAGACCCUGGAGAACUAUUCGAUUUCAAAAUCACCGAAAUGCUUACUGGGACUCACGACAGCGGCUUUGAUCCGUUGUUGAUGCUUUUUGAGUCAUCAGUCGAGCAGAACACAGGAGCAGAGCAAAAUGACGGCCAUGAUGGUAGUGAAAAAGAAGCACGCUUGUCAUACACAACGAAAAGUCUGCAGGGUCUUGGACAGAGAGGGGUAUCACCAAGAGAAGAGUUCGGGAAAACACCUCUACACAUCGCAUCAGAGCUUGGGCACGCGGAUAUAGUUGAUAUUCUAUUAGACAGCGGAGCACAGAUAGAUGCCGUGGACGGCUACAGACGGACAUCUUUGCAAUAUGGCGCUGAGCAAGGACAUAGAGGGAUAGUAGAAAAGCUGCUGGGCGCAGGCGCCGACUCAGAGAUGGUUGACGGGAACGGCAUGACGGCUCUUCACAUCGCAGUCUGCGCUGGCCAUGGCAGUGUUGUAAAGCUUUUAGUAAGGAAUGGUGCCAAUCCAAACAUCAGAGUAGGCUUCACGUCUCAUUCCGAUUAG